GAGCAGUUUGUUUGGUAAUUACUAUAAUAAUCGUAAUUACGAUUAUACCAAGAAUCGUCAAUGGAAUCGGUCAACUAUGGGAGUGAUGAAUAAUAGAACAAAGAUGAUGAGCAAUCUGGGUGGGAAGAGAAAGGAGUUUGAAUCUGAGGGGGUGAGUUUGCAAAAUAGCCAACCUUUACUAUUAUUGGGAGGGAGUCCAAACGCGCCUUUGGAAUUGCAAGUACGCCGCCGGCCUGAGAGUACUACACGUCAUUAUUCCCAACAAAACAGUUUUGCCAAGGAUGUUAUCAUUUCGGCUGCCGCCCGUUUACACGGCGGCAGCGGCAGCAGCCACGACGUUACUAUAACCGACGGUGGUGAUGAACUUCCUCUUAACGAAACAUCAUUAGCGGCCUUUAGAAAUAACAAUGUGGGAACGGUCACUGAAUCUUUAGGAAUUGUGCCGCCGCCGCCGUUCGUGAACAAUGAUAAUGAAGGUCAACAAAGAAGAAAUGACCGAGCCAUGCAUGGCGGCGGUGGCAGCCACAGAGUCACGACAACCAGCGGUGGUGACGAACUUCCUCUUAACCAAGCAUCGUUAGAGGCGUUGAGAAAUAACAAUGUGGGAAUAGCCACUGAAUCUUUACAACAUGCAACGCCGCUGUCAUUCGUGAACAAUAAUAAUGAAGGGUGCACAAAUGAAGACAUCCCUAGUCAGAAUGAGAUGCAAGACAGUGUGAUGAGGCACACCAAU